GCGCAGUUGCUGGCGGCAAGGUCGAAUUGCGAUGGGCGAGAUCGAAGGGCAGAUUGCGUCGGGGGUUAAAGUCUUCAUGGCAAGCGCGAUUGCGCGAAGCGAUACCCCUGCCCCUCUGCAUAUAUCUGAGAUCUUCCAUGCGGCCACACAGUUCAAAGACCACGCUGCACGAUGGGCGAGGGAGGUGCAUGAACAGUUACGAGCGGAUGGCCGCCUCCAUCAAGUCGGCAACCAGUUUCUGGUUGUUCCAGGUGUUGAUGUAUCGGCUCCGCCUUGCGUCGUACUUCCAGCAUCAAGUGCACCGACAUCGGAACUUCCAGCAGUGCCGUCCGUCGUUUCCGCACCGACUGACUCAAUGAAUGAUGGAACUGUUGCACCGCCGACGUCGACCAUGCCGCCACAACUCCCAGUUGAAGCAGCUUGUUCUCCACCAAAACCAGCGCCGACCACCCCGUUGGUCGGCGAAUCGGAACUACUUACGUUCCUCGCCUCGAACAAAUCCAUCCGAGUUGGGUCAGUGAGCACGAUGGGGCAACUACAAUCCCUUCUACAGCGCUUUCACGACACCUUUUCUCCGCUGGCGCCGUUUCGGUCAUGGUACACUCUCUCACACUCUCUUUUUCCCCAUGGCGUCUCAGGUUAAUGGGCACAGGUGGAAAGAACACGGCAAUAACGUCGUCCAGGUCAUGCUCGACCGCCUGGUGCAUCUGCAGCUUGUCCGAGUCCACGAUUCGUCGUCCACUCUCAAGCUCACGUGGGAUGUGAAUGGCCUCGGAAAGCAUGUACCCUCAUCGGCAUCUCCGUCCAAGGCUCCAUCUACGACAGCUGCCCCGCCGUCGUGGACAACUGCCAUGGCGGACAAAGACCUGGCGCAAGUGAAGAAGAGCUUGCUGCAUCAACUCAAGCUGUUUUCGUUCUACCGCAUCCAGAAUAUCCAUCAGACGAUCCGCGCCAAGUACCCGCCGCCUCAAUCGUUUGACCUGGACGCGUAUGCGGAUCACCUCGUCCACAUGAUUGAAAAGGACAAACGGCUGGUCGUUACCGAGGACGACGCGGGCAAUCCCGCGUUCACGUGGGCCGACAAGUCGAAGGUCGAUGCACUAAAGGACCCCCUCGUGCCCAACAACCGCCAUGUCAUGGACGCAUGUGCGACGUCCACUGCGGCCACGAUCGCGGAGACCCUCGCUCAGCACACCAACGUUCCAAUGUCCACAUUGGACGCCAGCCAGCCGAGCUCUGUGCGUGACAAGAAGGUCUGGCUCGACGCUGUCCUGGCCGCUCUGUGGAAAGAACACAAACUCCGAGUUGACGUCCUCGGCGACGUGCUGGCCCGAAGGCAGGAGAAUGCAGCGGACUCGAGGAAGCGCGCGCGGUCGCCGGAGCGCCAGUCGUCAGCAACGUGGGACAAGGAUACGGCUGAGGGGGUCGGCCAAGAAGGGCUGUACUUCAACGAGAAGGAACGUCGCGACGACGACGAUGACGAUGAGACGGAAGAUGAUGAAGAAACCGUUGCGCGCUUGCGCAAGAAGCACCGCUUGCACGAGGUCCAGCAGCCUGUCAUGGAAUGGUACACGCCACCGCUCAUGGAGCUUCCGAGCAUCGUUCCUGUUCGCCCGACCGUGAUCGAGUCGUCCGAGUACAAAUUGCAGAAACAAAGGGCUCUGUUCAUUCGAGACAAUGUGGAAGUGCCGUACCAGCAAGCGCCGGACCUCCCGACCAAGCCUAUCGCACUGGACUACCCUUACUGAGCCAUGUAGAAUCCUCGAUAGAACGAAUAUGUGGCUAAUCGAAGCUUCACGAUGUCUCGUUGGAACGCGUCGUGAUUGCCAAGAC